AUGUCGCUCCAUACAAGCUCUAUGUACAAUAUGCACACCCAUCUACAGCACCUGGUGAAGAAAUGUUCCUAUAAUAAGGGAGGUAUGAACGUACAGCCGGCCAAACUGGAAGUUGAUGGUGAACCCAUUUUCCUGAAACGACGUGUAAUUCCCUACGGCCAACGUGAUGGUGUACUGCAGACCCUUGAGAAAGUGAAACGCGAUGGCAUAAUCACACGAGUCACAUCCAGUACGUGGGCAAUGCUGAUCGUGAUCGCGAUCAAAAGUGACGGAAAAACACCGCGAAUUCCUGGCGAUUACCGCUUAACACUCAACCCGCGGUUGCAAAAGUGUGCGGCUACCACCAUCGGAUCGGCGGAUUUCCUGAAAGCAUUGCACGGUAGCACAUGCUUCUCGAAGAUUGACUUGCGGAAUGCCGCAAAUGCUACCACCAAAGAGAGUCCAGCGAAACUGUUCAAAGCCAGGAGCUUACGUUCCUCACUGCGAUGCGUGGAUUCCAGUGACGUCGUAUACUUCCGAGGAAACGACUUGAGACCAUCAAGAGGAAUCAUUACCCGCAAGAUUGGUCAAGCUAUGGUCGAGAUCACUGAUCUGACAGAUGCGAUGGUUCAUCGACGCCACAUUGACCAGAUUCACUUCAACGAACCUCCGACUUCGACUGAAGACCUUGCCGAGGAAACCCGGGGCAGCAGUAAUUAA